GAUAUUUUUGGGUAAAUACAAUCACGUGAGGCCGGCAGCCAAUGGCGCGGUGGGAACGGCUGAAAAAAUAAUUACCUGCCCUGAUUGUUCUAUGAGCAGAUAAAAAGUACACAUACACUUCAUACAAUAAUCCGAUGAAUGUAAAAGAGGGGGCGAGCGAACCAUGUCGGCUUCGGGCCCCAUCAGCAACUACUACGUGGACUCGCUGAUCGGCCCCGACAACGAGGAGCUGCUGGCCCCGCGCUUCGGCGGCCCCGGCGCCGCUCGCCCCGCAGGACUGGUGCCGGACUGCGCCGACUUCCCCUCGUGCAGUUUCGCCCCCAAACCCGCCGUGUUCACCACCUCGUGGGCGCCCGUGCCCUCGCAGCCCUCGGUGGGCUACCCCCACCCGCACGCCGCGGGCCCCUACGCGCCGCAGGGCGAGCCCAGGUACGUGCGGACCUGGCUGGAGCCGCUGGCCGGGGCCGUGUCCUUCCCGGCCUUCGGGGCUCGGCCCUACGGCCUCAAGGCGGACGCGUUCGGGGCUCCGCGCCGCGCGGAGUGCGGCCCCGCCGACGGCCGCGCCUACGCGGAUUUCGUGUACGCGGCUCCCGGGGAGCUGCGGGAGCGAGCGGCGCAGAACAUCCCGUCCUCCCCCGAGUCCGAGGCCAUCGCUGCCGGCAAACACAAAGAAGAAAAGCACGAAUUAGACCCCAACAACCCCGUGGCAAAUUGGAUUCACGCGCGCUCCACGAGGAAGAAACGAUGCCCUUACACAAAAUAUCAGACCCUGGAACUGGAAAAAGAGUUUUUAUUCAAUAUGUACCUCACGCGGGACCGGAGGUACGAAGUGGCGCGGGUGCUGAACCUCACGGAACGCCAGGUCAAAAUCUGGUUUCAGAACAGGCGAAUGAAAAUGAAGAAAAUGAAUAAAGAGAAAAGCGAUAAGGAACAGCAAUAAUAAUAAUAAUAAUAAUUUUAAAAUUAUAAAAAUAAUAAAUUUAAAAAAAAAAAGUUUGGCGGAGAGAAACGAGGGUGGAGAGGGAAAAAGAAACAGCGAAAAAAAAAGCAGAAAAAAGGGGGAAAAAAGGGAAAAUAAUAAUAAAAAAAGGGGUGAAAUGUUUCUGACUUUGAAUGUGCGGAUGAAUGUUUAGCGGUAGAGGUUUGGGGACUCGAGGCUUUUCUAAAAUGCGACUAAAACCAGGAAAAAAAAUAAUUAAAGGUGCCCGGGGAGGGUUUGGUUUUCUCUUCCUUUCUUCCGCCUUGCUCUGCCCUCAGCAAAAGCGGCACGAGAAGUACUUGAAUUUUUAUUUUGCUCUUUUUUAUUAUUAUUAUAUUUUAUGUCCUAAAUUAAAACUUCAUCCAGUA